AUGACGUUUGAAUGAAAUUCUAUCGCAGUAAAUAGCAAGUGUGCGCGCGUACGAAAGCCGGCGAUUUUAUCAAUUUAUUCGCUUGCACAAAACAAGAACUAUGGAACAGCAACACGAAAUUUACGACUACCUUCGAUCGGUAGACUGUUGCAGAGUGUGUUGUUUACGGUUUCUCAAGGGCACGAAAGAGGAAUUUAUCGACAUUGAUGCUGCUUUGCUUAAGCGUGGCUUGGAACCUGCCGAUCAAGAAAAUGGUUAUCAGAAGGUGAAGAAGCUAAAAGAAAAUGUUUGCAUUGCUUGUCUGGGACUGUUCGAUCUGGACCGCAUUGCCACGCUAGCCAGUGAAGUGAAGGAGAAUGCGUGCUAUCAGCAAUACCAGUGUGAAGCAGGAUUUCUCACAUCCAUCUCGUUGCCGAUCGUACUACACUUGCGGCAGCUUGCACUAUGGCUCGAUGUGCUGGACCGGUUUCCGGCAGCAUUUUCUGCUGCCAAUACUCCCGACAUAGCGGUAAAGGAUGCACUGAAAAUGAUCAUUAUACACCAGCUGGAACAAACGCUCGGUAAACCAUUUUCCGUAGAUGGUGUGAUGAUAAAUGUACCGUACAGCUACACCAAGGAACAGGAUGAGCUGGCCACACUGGCGCUAGUCAGUCCGGGUGUGUUUGCGGACCGGAAAACAAACAAGCACACCAAGAAGGAGUUCAUAUCGAGAAAUGCAUUUGAAAAACACUUCACCCCGGAAGCUAUCAACAAAGAUCGGUUCCGAAAACACUAUGCGGUUCCUCCGGUUUCUACGGAGGACGUAGGAUUAGUCCGCGGAGAACUUUCAUUCACCGGGCCAACCAUUUUCCUUGCCGGACGGUACAAUAAAUUUUCCCGCGAGCUCAGCCAAACGCCCUGGGUUAUCGAUGGCAAGCGAAAGAUGGAGGGCAGUGUGCAGGAAACGAUUGCUGCUAGCAUUGCUCCGCAUUUCGGCGUUCCCGAUGAACAGUUAAUCUUUUCGUCGAGCGGUCGGGAAGAUGUCGAUGUGCGGUGUUUGGGGGAAGGUCGUCCGUUCGUGUUGGAAAUUAUCGACGCAAAAACGGACCAACUACCCGAGGAGGUAGCGAUCCGGAUGGAGCAACAGGUAGGAACGUCAAACACGGUAGCAAUAAGAGACAUCCAGCUAGUGAAGCGGGAAGAUCUGGUACAUAUAAGAGGUGGUGAAGAGGACAAACGGAAGUUUUAUCGUGCCCUCUGCGUCACGGCCGAACCCGUGACGGAGACAAUGGUCCAAAAGCUGCGCAUAGACGAACCGUUCGUGAUGCAACAGGUUACACCGUUAAGAGUGCUGCACCGGAGAACGCUACUGGCAAGGCCCAGAACGGUGUACAGCGUACGAGCGUUUGGUUGCCGUGACAAUCCGUACGCAAUGGUGGUUGACAUUGUUUCGCAGGCCGGCACGUACAUCAAGGAACUGGUGCACAGUGAUUUCGGUCGUACGGGACCCAGUUUUCGCAGCAUUAUAGGGACGCCAAUCGAUAUUCACGCGCUUGAUGUGAUGGCAAUCGAUUUGGAUUGGCCUAAAAAACUGCGACGAUAAAAAGUGCUGAACGGAAAAUGCCCAUAUUAAAACACAGACAGAUCAAAUUAAUACACUUUA